GUUAUGUAUUUUUAACCUAAAAGUUAUUUUGAUAAACAACUUCACAAAACGCCUGAAAAUAUUUAUAUUUUCCUGCAAUUGCAAUAAAAAAAUGACUACACUACGCCCUUUUACAUGUAACGAUUUAUAUAAAUUUAACAACGUCAAUUUAGAUCCUUUAACCGAAACUUACGGUUUAUCAUUUUAUAUGCAAUAUCUUGCACAUUGGCCAGAGUAUUUUACAGUAGCAGAAUCUCCCAGUGGUGAAAUAAUGGGCUACAUUAUGGGUAAGGCUGAGGGUCAUGGUGAAAACUGGCAUGGUCAUGUUACAGCUCUAACAGUUUCUUUAGAAUAUCGACGUCUUGGUUUAGCAGCAACCCUUAUGAAUUGUUUGGAGGAUGUUUCAGAAAAGAAAAGGGCGUAUUUUGUAGAUUUAUUUGUAAGGGUGAGCAACAAAGUGGCUAUUAAUAUGUAUACAAAUUUGGGUUAUAUUGUUUAUAGAACAGUUUUAGAGUAUUAUUCAGGGGAUCCAGAUGAAAAUGCUUAUGAUAUGAGAAAAGCACUUUCUAGGGAUGUAAAACAAAAGUCGGUUAUACCAUUAUCACAUCCUGUAAGACCAGAGGAUGUUGAAUAAUAAGAUUAUUGAGCAAUAAACCAUUUAAGUGAAAUUAUGUCUACAAUUUAAACAUGUUACUUGAUAAUAUAAUUUAAUUUCAAUAAUAUUUUUACUUUUUAGAGUUCUGUGAUUCAUAAUUUAUUAAA